CCUUUCUCUUUCUCUUUCUCUCUCUGUAGCGUAUAGUGGUGUGGAGCCCAUAGCUGGACCUUUGCUUUGCUGGCUUCAAGCUCUCCAUUGUUGGUCUUUUAUGGGGCUUGUCUGCUGAGAAAAAGAAAGAGAAAGAGAGAGAGUUUUAAUUUUAAUUUUUUCAGUUGGCCCAAUCUUCCCUUUCACGAAGACUCUUCCUUUUGAAUACUCCCAUUCACUUCUGUCUACUUUUUCAACAAUCUCAUCAUCUUCCACACAGCACUAGUUGAUAUAUAUAAAACCAAAGCUUGCUCCUUGUUUUGAUUUCAUGGAUCCACAGAUCUAAUGAUUCCAUACCCACAUGAGCUUCUCUUCUUUCCAAGAUCUUCAACUUCAACUGCAGGACACAGGCGGUUUCAACCAGAAGAGGCAGUCAAAUUAGGAAUUGGUGUAUGAUAGUUGAGCUGAGAAAUAGAGGACAAUACUACACUAGACUCAAUUGAGAUUUCGGGGUGAGGGAGUUGUUUUAAAGUCGUUCUUACAUGUGGAGAUUUUGGAGGGUUGUUUGGAUGAGAUGAGGGAUGUUAUCAGAGUUGAUGAACUUCUUGAGGUCCUGUUUUCGGCCGAGGUCGAAUCGAUAUGUUCAUACCGGUGCAGAUUCGGGGGGUCGUCAAGACGGGCUGCUGUGGUACAAAGACACAGGCCAGCACAUAAAUGGUGAUUUUUCAAUGGCUGUAGUUCAGGCCAAUAAUUUACUUGAGGAUCAGAGUCAGCUUGAGUCGGGCAGUUUGAGCACGCAGGAAUCUGGCCCCUAUGGUACUUUUAUUGGUGUUUAUGACGGGCAUGGUGGACCAGAGACAUCACGCUAUAUCAAUGAACACCUCUUUCAGCAUCUCAAGAGAUUUAGUUCGGAGCAGCAGUCCAUGUCUGUGGAUGUAAUACGAAAAGCAUUUCAAGCAACAGAAGAGGGUUUUCUUUCUGUAGUUACCAGGCAGUGGCCUAUGAAACCGCAGAUUGCAGCAGUAGGGUCAUGCUGCCUUGUUGGUGUUAUUUGUGGUGAAACUCUUUAUAUCGCUAACCUUGGUGAUUCCCGUGCUGUUUUGGGGAGAGUUGUGAAGGCAACAGGGGAAGUGCUCUCUAUUCAGUUGUCACAAGAGCACAAUGCAUGUAUAGAAUCUGUGAGACAGGAGCUGCAGUCUUUGCACCCUGAUGAUCCACAUAUUGUAGUUUUGAAGCAUAAUGUAUGGCGUGUAAAGGGCCUAAUACAGAUUUCUAGAUCUAUUGGCGAUGUGUAUUUAAAAAAGGCUGAAUUUAACAGGGAGCCUUUGUAUUCCAAGUUUCGUCUUCGGGACCCUAUCAAAAGACCGAUAUUGAGCGCUGAUCCUGCAAUUUCAGUGAUCCAAUUGCAGCCGCAUGAUCAGUUUAUCAUCUUUGCAUCCGAUGGGCUCUGGGAACACCUCAGCAAUCAGGAAGCAGUGGACAUAGUUCAAAAUCAUCCACGAAGUGGAAGUGCAAAGAGGCUGGUGAAAACUGCCUUGCAAGAAGCAGCAAAAAAGAGAGAAAUGAGGUAUUCAGACCUGAAGAAGAUUGACCGUGGGGUUCGCCGCCAUUUCCAUGAUGACAUAACCGUGAUCGUUGUGUUUCUUGACUCAAACCUUGUGAGCAAGGCUACUUCGGGCAAGUGCCCAAAUAUAUCAGUGAGAGGGGGUGGAAUCAACCUGCCUCCUAAUUCUCUGGCUCCUUAUGCUACAGCAACGGAAGCUGGCAAUACCUGAUCAAACGGUAUCUCAUGUGUGUUUUUCUGUUGUACCAUUAUCUUGUGUUAAUACUAGGGGUAGCUUCCAAGACAGAUUACAAGGAGCGGGUCUUCAAUUCUUUAAUGUACACUGUAACUUUAACUGGAAUCUAAUACUUGCAUUUAGCUUCUGUGCCAACAACAAAAAGAACUGGAGAAGAGAACUUCAGGUGACAGUAAUCAUAGCUAUAUUUCCUUGACCCUGUUCUUAUCCUUUUCUUGUUUUGCUUUUUAUUUCCUUUGAAAUUUCAGAUCUGUAAAUUGUAUGACAUGGCAAAUUAAGUUUUUGCUUCCAUUUUUCUUUGCU